UUCUUCCAUUUAUGUACCAAUACCACAAAUCUCAUCUCACUAAAGAAAUCUCAAUGGAUCCUUCAAAAUUUCCUUUUGAUAUCGAAACUUACAAAAGGCAGUCUGAAAUUGAAGAUAGGUAUAUCCUCAACUAUUUUAGUGAGCGCCGAAAGAAAAUAGAGGAAGACUUCCCACCUCGCAUGAAGAGAAGAUACUUCAAGAGAGAUCAUGUAGCGGCAAAUCAAAGACUGGUUGACGACUACUUUGCCAAUGCACCUACAUACGACGAUACAAUGUUUCGUCGGUGAUUCCAAAUGCGAAAACAUCUUUUCCUUCGCAUCGUUGGGGACCUAUCAAAUAGUGACGACUACUUCACCCAGCGAUUUGACGCAACCAAUAAAGAAGGUAUAUCUCCAUAAGCAAAAUGUACCACAACCAUGCAAAUGACAGCAUAUGGUGUGGCGGCCGAUGCGGUGGAUGAGUACAUCAAAAUUGGAGGUACUACAGAUCUGGAGUGCUUGCGUCGAUUCUGUAAGGGAAUCAUACAAUUUUACGAGAAAGAGUAUCUAAGAGCCCCAACUCAAGAGGACCUCCAGAGAAUUUUGCAUGUUAGUGAAAUGCGAGGAUUCCCAGGGAUGAUUGGGAGUAUUGAUUGCAUGCACUGGGAAUGGAAAAAUUGUCCUACAGCGUGGGAAGGACAAUUUACUCGGGGUGAUAAGGGAACAACCACUGUUAUUCUUGAAGCAGUCGCAUCACAUGAUCUAUGGAUCUGGCAUGCCUUUUUUGGAUGUCCAGGGACAUUGAACGAUAUAAACGUUCUAGAUCGUUCACGGGUGUUUGAUGAUGUUGAACAGGGAAAUACUCCAAGAGUUAACUUCUUGGUGAACCAACGUCUGUAUAAUAUGGCAUACUAUCCAGCUGACGGUAUAUAUCAUUCUUAUCCUACUUUUGUCAAAUUGAUUAGGCUUCCUCAAAGUGAGCCAAACAAGUUAUUUGCAGAAGUUCAAGAGGGAUGUCGGAAGGACAAGCUUGCAUGUGGGACAUAGAUGACCUACCUAUCAUUAUGAGUUCAUGUAUCAU